AUGUCGACUGCAUCGUCAUCAUGGUCUACCCUUAUUGAAGAACUCCUGGAGUCAAUUUUCAAUUGCCUCGAAGACAGCAGAGAUGUUUUUCGAUGUGGGCUUGUAUGCGUUUCAUGGAGAGCAGUCGCUCUUAAGUCGUAUAGUAAGUUGAUUCCUUGCGUAUUGUCUUCACAACGGGACGAAAAGACACACACUCUAUUCAAUAUCCAAACAAUGGAAACACAAAAAAUUCAGAUUCCAGAUUAUUUUCCAGACAUACACUGCUCCACCAAUUAUGGUUGGCUCAUACAAUUCACAGAAGCCGGCGUGGAUUUCAACUCCGAUGAUGAUCUUCCGCAUAAAAUUCAUAUGUUGAAUCUUUUUUCAAAAGCCAAAGUUAUACUUCCUCCAACGCGUAACCAAAUAGAUAAAGCCGCUACGUCUACAUGUCCAUUGAAUCCAGAGUGUCUGGUUCUUGUCGCAUACCUAUGCAAGUACGACUACAAAUUAGCUUUUUGUAAGGUUGGAGACGAAAAUUGGACGACAUUGGAUAGAAGUUAUUUUGUGACUGAACCCCAAGAUUGUUUUCUUAGUGUUACCUGGUACAAGGGAAAAUUCUAUGGUGUCGAUGCGGAUAAACGUCUUUUUGUCUGCAACUUAAGUUCGAAGAUGAUAGAAUUGUUCUGCGAAGAGCCGUUUGUUAUAGGGUUUAGGUUUUGCGAGACGUACUUGGUGGAGUCGUUGUUUGGUGAGCUUUUGUUGGUUUUCUAUUAUCAACGCCGACAGGACAUUUUCAAAAUGUAUGAAUUUGAUUUCAUAGCAAAAAAGUGGUACGAGGUGAAAAACUUGAGGAACCAAGCAUUGUUUUUGAGUAGAGAUGGCUCUGCACUAUCCUAUAUAGGCAACUCCAAGAUGGUAAAAAGAAGUUGUAUUAUACAUUUCGCGAGCAGGAGUUAUUCUUUUCAGUGUAAAUAUCGUCAUGAUUUGGUGGUAUAUGAUAUGGAAACCGAGAGUUUCGAGUUCAUUCCCGAGUCUACAACUAUAGGCUUCACAGAAUUCUACACUCAUUUGAUCGCGCCUGAUCUAUGUCAUUAA